AUUGCGUAAGAUGGCUGCGGCCACGGAAUGUUGUUAACAGACGACACAGAAAGCAAACUAUACAUUAUCAGAGAGUUUUGAUUAAUUAUGAUAAAAGAUUUAAAUAUGAGCGAAAAAAGUGAAGAAUUUAAUCCUGAUUCAGAUGAAGAUGACUACAAUGAUAUUUAUUCGACAGAAAGGCCUGUUGAAAAUUGCACUGAUACAAAUGAUAAUGCUAUAUUGCUGUCAAUGAAUGAUUACUUUACGAGAAUCCAAGAUCAAUCAGAUUCCUUAUUAAAAGAUUUGGAAGAAUGUGACAUAUUGAUGGAGGAAGCAAAUUGCAAAAUGAUACAUAGGGAUGAAGAAGAUGAUGAGGAAGUCAAACGUCGUAAGGAUAUUAUCAAGCAACUUGAAGAAGAAGACGAAAAGGAACUUGCAGAACUUAGAAGAGAUGAAAAUAAUGGCGAAGAACAAUUUUUUGCCACUGAAGUUUCAGCUAUCGAGGAAACUAAGGACGAUAAAGAAGAGAAUGAAAUUAAUGAAAACAAUGGAGAAAUUAUUUUAGCAACAGAUAUUGAAAAAAUGGAGAGAGACUUACGAGAAAAAAUCAUUCAAUUUAAUAAACAAGCAAUAGAAAAGGAAAAGGAAAGGAAACAAGUCGAAGAAAAUAUUUUAAAGCCGUUAAAAGAAAUUGAAGAGAGAAAAGCUGUGCUGAGGGAAGAGAAACGAGCAUGGAUAGAAGACGAAAAGCAUAAUCUAGUUGAAAUUAAUAAAAAAUUAGAAGAAGAUAAUGAAAGGGAGAAUGAAUCUCUGCUUGAACGUUUGAUGAAAUCCCAAAAAAAAUAUGAGGAAAGAAUAGAACAACUUGGCAGAGUUCAAGCAAGUGAAUAUGAAGAAUUUAACAAACAAGCUGAAUUUGAAAAGCAGAAGAAAGAGAAUCAACAAAUUAAGGCCGCCAUAAGCAUUCAAACGACCUUCAGACGAUACUGCGCUCGUAAACUUUAUGGAGAAGCUAUUGACGAAAGAAGAUAUAAUGCUCGCAUUCAUUAUGAACAGAAGCGAAUAGCGGAAAUUGAAGAACGAAAGAGAGAAGCAGAGAUAAUGAAAAAAGAAAAGCAAGCUGAAGAAGAACGUAUUCGUUUGGAGAAAGUACAACUCGAAGAAGCAGAAAAAUUACGAAAAGAAGAAGAACGGUUGGAAAAAAUACGACAAGCAGAGAAGAAAAAGCAAGAGGAGGAAAAUUUGCGAUUGGAGAAACUAAAGCAAGAAGAAAUGAAAAAAAAGGAGGAAGAAAGGAAAAGGCAAGAAGAGGAAAAGAAGAGGCAAGAAGAAGAAAAGAAGAGGCAAGAAGAGGAAAAGAAGAGGCAAGAAGAGGAAAAGAAGAGGCAAGAAGAGGAAAAGAAGAAGCAAGAAGAGGAAAAGAAGAAGCAAGAAGAGGAAAAGAAGAGGCAAGAAGAGGAAAAGAAGAGACAAGAAGAGGUAAAGCAGAGGCAAGAAGAGGAAAAGAGAAAGCAAGAAGAGGAAAAGAAAAGGCAAGAGGAAGAAAAGAGAAGAGAAGAGAAGAGAAUACAAGAACAAGAGCGAUUACAUCUAAAAAAGAUCCAAGACGAAGAAGAAAAAAAAAGACAAGAGACAGAAAGAGUUCUGAAGUUGAAGCUCUCAGAAGAAGAGGAAAGAGGAGGAAAAGUUGAACGUUAUACAGACAAAGACAAAAAGAAUAUUAUAGAAGAAUUACCAACGGACAAGGAGAAAAUGCGUUUGGAGAAAAUAAAUAGAGAAUUGGACGAAAUACGAAAAAGAAACUCUAAAGCUACAACACUUGACGAAAAUCAAGAAAAACAAAAAAGCGGUUUAAGCGACACGGACUUGGCUGAGUUAGAAGAAAUAGAUAAUAGAUAUAAUAAAAUUGCAAAAGUUCUCUCUCAAAUAAGAGAAGAUAGAACAGAAAAAACUGUUUAUGAUAAAAAUUUGGAGAGUAAAGUUAUGACCACUUAUGGAAAAAAUAAAUUCGAAGAAUCUCUUCAACAAUUUUCCGCUGUACCGAAACCUCCAUCAGAUUCGCCAUCCAAUGGUCGAUCAAAUCUUAAUCAAAGACUAAAUGAGAAACAAAUGGAAAAGAAGAAUGCUGCAGCCACAAAAAUUCAAGCCCUGUGGAGAGGCUAUAAAGCUCGACAAGAUUUUGAUACAUAUAUUAAAAGGUGCUUAGCUGCUAUAACUAUACAACAAGCAUGGAGAUCAUACAAAUAUAAUAAUGAAUAUGAUCUUUACAAACACAAUGCAGCAAUUCUUAUUCAGAAAACAUGGCGAGGUUAUAGAGUGAGAAAGAAACUUGAUAGUGUAAAACAGCUAUUCCUCAAGUCUGAUGUAGUAAGAGAAACAGCUGAAAGUGAAAAGAGUGACGAAGAGGAGGAAAUUGAUUUUAAUUUCAACGAGGAUUCAAUUGAUAUUGUGAUAAGACCAUCUGAUGUUCCUGAUUUACAAAACGAUAUAGUUCUUCCACCUUUGUCUACUACUGACAAUCAAAGUUCAAAUCAACCCCCAAAUAUACCAGUGGAAGCUUGGAGAGCCUCACCCCUAAAUAAUUCAAGAAUGAAGCCUCCACUUCCCCCACUUCUAUCGAGAGCUUCAUCACGCAUAGCAGAUCCUGAUAUAACGUCACAAAGAACUUUUGCGUCUAAAAAGGAGGAAGAACUACAACAAGAAUGGGGUUUCAAAAAUUCUCAAACAGCCGCUCUCAUGUUAGAAAGGGCGAAAAAAAUGAAAUAUAAUUCUGAAAGACGCAAGAAAAUCAGUAAGUUGGACGCCAAACAGCGCCUGGCACUAUUUAAAAAAUUUGAGGGAGAGAAGCCGUCGGUUCAAGCUGUAAAGAAGGGUGUUGAACGAACUGAAUAUUUUCAAGGGGUGCAAAAGAAUAGUGAAAAAGAACAGAAAACAAAAGUAUUGGAAAAUUCUUCUAAAGAAAAUAGGACUUACGAAUGGAUACAUACACAAAUUUCGAAUUUUGAUGUUCCAUUGUCUAGCUCUAGAAUUAAUCAGAGCGAAAAUCUCCCUAAGCUUGAUAACAGAGUCCUUUCUGGUGGACGAUCAAAUUUAACAGAAAGUCCUAUUUCCAUGGAACUACAAUCUAUAGGCGAUUCAACUAUAAGUGGAACAAGAAGAUUUUCCGCAACAGAUUUUAAACCAAGAAAAGGAUCUUUACCAUCAAUAAAGACAACAAAUUCGGCACCUCAUCAGAAAGCUCAUGAAAAAAUGUCUUGGAGAAACAAGCAAGUUAAAUUAAGCGGUGGUUGGGGAGGUGGCAAGAAACGCGGGAAAUAA